UUCUUUGAUGAAGUGUGGUGGUGUGCAACUCUUCCGGCGGCUUUUAUUUAAUAAAAAUGGGUAUUUUAGAAAAAAUAUCGGAAAUUGAAAAGGAAAUUUCAAGAACACAAAAAAAUAAAGCAACUGAGUAUCAUUUGGGUCUAUUAAAAGCAAAACUUGCAAAAUAUAGAUCUCAGCUUUUAGAACCAUCAAAAAAAUCUGAAAAGGGAGAGGGUUUUGAUGUGUUGAAAAGUGGAGACGCAAGAGUGGCUCUUAUAGGAUUUCCUUCUGUAGGAAAGUCUACACUUUUAUCAACUCUAACAAAAACUGAAAGUGAAGCUGCAUCUUAUGAGUUUACAACCUUAACUUGCAUUCCUGGAGUUAUUGACUACAAUGGUGCAAAUAUUCAGUUACUUGAUCUACCAGGUAUUAUUGAAGGUGCAGCUCAAGGAAAAGGACGAGGAAGACAAGUUAUAGCUGUAGCUCGAACUGCUGACUUAGUUUUAAUGAUGCUGGAUGCCACGAAAAAAGAUGUUCACAGAGACUUAUUAGAAAAAGAAUUAGAAAGUGUCGGUAUUAGGUUAAAUAAGCAAAAACCCAAUAUUUAUUUCAAGGUGAAAAAAGGUGGUGGACUGUCCUUCAAUUCUACUUGUCCAUUAACCAAAAUUGAUGAAAAAUUAGUGCAAUUAAUUUUGCACGAAUAUAAAAUCUUUAAUGCUGAGGUUUUAUUUAGAGAAGAUUGUACAGCAGAUGAAUUGAUUGACGUAAUUUGUGCUAACAGGGUUUACUUACCCUGUUUAUAUGUAUAUAAUAAGAUAGAUCAAAUUUCUAUUGAGGAGGUAGAUCGAAUUGCAAGACAACCAAAUAGUGUAGUUGUAAGUUGUAACAUGAAGUUAAAUCUAGAUUACCUUUUACAAGUACUGUGGGAGUAUUUAAGUCUUAUACGUGUGUAUACAAAAAAACCAGGCCAACCACCAGAUUUUUCGGAUGGUUUGAUUUUAAGAAAAGGUGUCACAGUUGAACAUGUUUGUCAUGCAAUACACAGGACUCUGGCUGCUCAGUUUAAAUAUGCUCUAGUAUGGGGUACUAGUACUAAGUAUUCUCCACAGAGAGUAGGAGUUUCACAUGUAAUGGCAGAUGAAGAUGUUAUCCAAGUUGUUAAAAAAUAAAAGUUAUUUUUUUAUAUUUGUCUUUUUAUACAUAUAAUAAAAUUAUUUACAGGUUUCUAUUAUUUAACAGCUUUAUUAUAAAAUGAUCUGACCAUUC